AUGGCUUUCUUUACUGGUGUUUCCAUGACAAAGGUUUUGAUGGGUACCAUCAAUUUGUUCCUGGUUGUUCUGUACCUUGUAGAUUUGAAAAGCCAUCAUGGGGUGGAAGCAAAAAAGAAGGUGGAGCAAAAUGAAGACGAUUUGGAGCUGGAAAGGCAACUCAAGAUUUUAAUGUGCCUCAACCUCUCAAGACCAUUAGAGUAUGUGUCUACAGAAGAGGGUGAUAUCCUUGAUUGUGUUGAUAUCUACAAGCAACCUGCUUUCAGUCAUCCAUUGCUUAAAGAUCACAAAAUCCAGAUGAAACCUAGUUUUUUCCCAGAAGGAGAGGCAAACAAAACUUCGUCAGCAACUGAACCUUUGCAAAUUAGUUUAAAGCGCAAAGAGUGUCCCCAAGGAUCAGUUCCCAUUCAAAGGACUUCAAAAGAAGAUCUUUUACGGGCUAGAGCUUUAGAAAGAGAUUUCUCUACAAAUAUCAACCAAAGUAAGAUCCACUUCCCGGGGCAUUCGGUUUUAAAUGUUCAAGGAAGAGACGCACUGAUUCAUGGAGCUUCUGCAGACAUCAAUGUAUACAAUCCAACUGUAGAACCUACACAGUUUACGAGUGCAAUGAUUUGGAUUCAGGGUGGUACAGAUGAACAAACGCUUGAUUAUAUAACUGUUGGAUGGAUGGUUAAUCCGCGCUUAUACGGUGAUCAUCUUACUCGGUUAUUUACAUAUUGGUCGUAUGUUUCCAUCCUUGCAACAGCCCGUAAAGUUCUGCUUCCUCGUCAUUGGUUGGUAGACGACCUACAGAUGUUAGAACUUUCUGGCCAUCUAGCAAAAUGGAAAAAGCCCAACUAG